CCGCUUUUGUUAAUUUGGACAACAAGCACUAUUUCAACUUUAACGGUCUAUAAGUGUGAUAAAUUUGAUAACUGAUUUCAAAAUGUUUUGAAAAUUUGAAAAUUUGGAAUGUACGAGUCUUAGAGACCUAGGGUUUCUCCUCUCAAAUCCUCUCCGCAACUUCUUCCAUCUCAGAUCCGAAUCUAUAGCCGGCCCCGAAGCUCCGUCGCCGGCCUUCCGAAGCUCAUUGAACAGCUUUCCCUUUCGAUAUCGGUGUGCGAGGUCAAGGCUCAACUUCGCAGUUACAGCGUGGCGUCCAACAGAGCUCGAGGAACUAUUCAGUACUGCUCCAGAAAGGGUUUUGCCUUUCGCGCUACUCCUCAAGGUGAGGGGACCGGAGCAGCGCGGAACUGGGCGUCGGAUCUGAGCGUCGUUGAAUCUGAGGGGAACUGAGCGUUGUCGAACGGAUCGGCGGAUCUGAGUAACACGAUCUGGGAGUCUUCAAACGGAACGAGUCGGGUACGGGUCGUCUGGUUAGAGUUCGUGAAGAUUAAGGGGGCGACGGCUAGGCAAUGUCUUCCUACGACUAACAAAAGCCAGCCAACGAACCGCCCACCGAAAUCCGACCUCCGUUGCGCCGCUCGACUCACCGGACGACGAUCACCACGCUGCACCGCAACUCUUCAGGCCGAUUUGAAGGGUCAACCGGCCUUGAUCGGCGUUGCUCUCUCCGAUUUCUUCCACGGAUUUCGUCGUCAGUCGAGCCGUUCAACACCUAACCAUCUUUCGCCGUCAUCCCGCUAGCCGAAUCUUCAGUAGCUUCGUUCUUUUCUGGCUAUCUCACACGGUAUCUAAGAUUUGGGGUUGAGAUCUUGACCCAUUGGAACUGACUUCUCCUGCCGCUGACGAACCCCAUCAUCUUCAAUUUCUGAGAUGCUGUUACUUUAGUAGAUUCCAGUAUUUUUGUUUGCCAACUUUUGGUUUUCCUUUUGUGCACAUUAGAUAAUGUUGAGCGAUGGAUGAUUUGGGGCUUUUAUUUGUCUCCCAUGAUGUAUGGACAAAACGCCAUUGGCAUCAAUGAGUUCCUAGAUGAUAGAUGGAGCAAGCGGUGCUUCUUUCGACAAAUUUUCAAGUUCGUUGGCAAGGCUGACUACUUGGCAUUAUGUCAUGGAUUCAUCGAGGUUAACCUUGCUCGAGGAUGUAAAUUUGAUGUUAAAAAACAUAUUAAAAGGUAUUUAAAAGAUGGCUUCAAAAUAAUUGUGGGAGUGAGGUAAUAUAUAGUUUACUAUACUCUUCUCUUCAAAAUAAG